AUGCUUAGACUUGAGUCGAAUAAACUUACAGUUCUUCUGACAUCAUGUUGUGUCUACUCCAUGAGGAGCCAUGUUGGUUCCAUUGCUUCUUCGAACUUAUGGACCAACAUCGUUCAUGCUCUGGCUCAGUCCGGUGUCAUAAACGCGUUACACGCUGACGUUGAGUUGGUCAAUAACGGCGACAAGUCGGAGGAUGCUUCUGUGUUGGUUCACUUGCUCCGCGUCUCCAGAAACCAUGGCUACGUUUCUUUGUGCAGGCAGCUUCAUGGCUACGUCGUGAAACAUGGGUUUGUCUCAGAAUCGCGUCUUUCCAAUUCGCUGAUGAGAUUUUAUAAGGGAAGCGACUCGUUGGAAGAUUCUCACAAAGUGUCUGAUGAAAUGCCUGAACAAGAUACCAUCUCUUGGAACUCGUUGGUUUCUGGUUACGUUCAGUCGGGAAGGUUAGAGGAAGGACUUUCUUUGUUUCUUGAGCUCCACAGAUCUGAUGUGUUCCCUAACGAGUUCUCCUUUACAGCCAGCUUUUGUGCACGACUGAAAAUCUUGCGGCUCGGAGCAUGCAUUUGCUCAGAGAUUGUGAAACUUGGCAUGGAGAAAGGCAAUGUCGUUGUGGGUAAUUGUCUUAUCGACAUGUAUAGGAAAUGCGGUUCCAUGGAUGAUGCAGUUUUGAUAUUCGAACACAUGAAAGAAAAGGACACAGUCUAUUGGAAUGUCAUCGUUGCUUCCUGCUCAAGGAACGAUAAACUUGAGCUAGGGCUUUGGUUUUUCCAUCAGACGCCAAAUCCAGACACUGUAACAUACAACGAGCUCAUAAAUGCUUUCGCCAAAGCCGGAGAUUUCAACAAUGCUUUUCAGAUUCUAAAGAGUUUGCCUAACCCUAAUUCAUCUUCAUGGAACACCAUAUUGAGUGAGCAAUCAAGAGAAGCUACUGAGUUUUUCACCACAAUGCAUUUGUCAGGCGUUAGAUUGGACGAGUACAGCUUGUCAAUAGUUCUGGCCGCCAUUGCUGCUCUCGCUGUGGUGCCAUGGGGAAGUCUCAUCCAUUCUUGUGCUCUCAAGCUUGGCCUAGACUCUCGGGUUGUUGUCGCCAGUGCUCUGAUAGAUAUGUAUUCUAAAUGCGGAAUGUUAAAGCAAGCUGAGCUGAUGUUUUGGACCAUGCCUAGAAAGAAUUUGAUUGCCUGGAACGCAAUGAUCUCUGGUUAUGCUCGUACUGACGAUUCAACCGAGGCAAUCAAGCUCUUCAGCCGACUGAAACAAGAAAGAUUCUUGAAACCUGAUCGAAUCACAUUCUUGAAUCUCUUAGCUGUGUGUUCUCAUUGUGACGUUCCAUUGGAGCUCACGCUUGGGUACCUUGAGAUGAUGAUUAACGAGUAUGGAAUCAGACCAAGUGUAGAGCAUUGCUGUUCUCUUAUCAGAGCUAUGGCGCAGAGAGGAGAGAUCUGGCAGGCGAAAAUGGUAAUUCAAGAAUUCGGUUUUGGGUUUGAUGGUGUGGCUUGGAGGGCGUUGCUUGGUGCUUGUAGUGCUGGGAAGGAUCUUAGAGCUGCAAAAGCCGUUGCUGCUAAGAUGGUUGUGUUAGGGGGAGUUGAUGAAGAUGAGUACGGAUAUAUAGUGAUGUCGAAUUUCUAUGCUUACCAUGAGAGAUGGAGAGAAGUUAGUCACAUUAGGAAGAUUAUGAAAGAUAAAGAAGUUGGCUCAAGCUGGAUUCAAGAGCAAAAUGUUGCUAUACAACUUUAGUAUCUUUUCAAG